ACACACACACACACACAGUUCAGGUCUACAGUUAGUCGUGUCCCAGACUCUCGGCACACUGCGCCUUCAAAGACAAAAGAGCGAGGAUGACAAAAGAGCGAGCAGUGAUUGGCCGACAGCAGCGGCAGAUGGGAUUCAAAUGCUAAUGAGCUACAACAAACCCCUCCGGUGUCCCACGCGAGCCAGCUGCCUGCACUCACUACAGCCAGUCCCAAGCGAACACACACACACGCACACGCACACUCCCUCUCUCUUUCUCUCCAAGGUGAGCGGAACUGACUGGCGCGAGCCAUUCGCAGCUAUGGGACCGUCAGCUCGUGGUCCGGGAUUCGCAGACGAUGACAGCUAUGGCACCAAGAACAACAGAAAGACGCGGAAGCCUCUGGUGGAGAAAAGAAGACGCGCGCGCAUCAACGAGAGUUUGCAGGAGCUUCGGAUGCUGCUCGCGGACAGUGAGUUAUCAGCGAAGAUGGAGAACGCGGAUGUUCUUGAGAUGACAGUGAAACGGGUGGAACAAAUUGUGCAGGAUCACACCCAAGCGGGUGAGGCCGAGCCCCGAGAGGAGAGCGAACGCUUCGCCGCCGGGUACAUCCAGGGCGUGCACCAGGUCCACACCUUCCUGUCCGCCGCCGGGCCCGGCCUGGACGGCGCCGUGGCAACCGACCUGCUCAGCCACCUGCUGGAGUGCAUGCCGCUCAGCCGGGAGGAGCUCGCCGACGCCACGCUACACCAGGAGGAGCAGGAGGAGCUCGCCGACUCGCUCUUGGACAGCAUGCUACACCAGGAGGAGCAGGAGGAGCAGGAGCAGGAGCAGGAGCAGGUGACCGGUGGAACUAGCGCCUCAAUUUUAAAGACGCGCUGA